UCCAAGCAGAGCAUCCUCAUUCCCACGGAACACGAAAUGGAUUCAUCAGUUUUCUUCUCUAGGAUUUCUGACUUCUCUUCUGAUUCAUCAUUUGGAUCAGUCGAUUCUUUUCCAUGGGAUAGCCAAAAUUUCCACAAUUCGUUACCAUUUAAUGAAAAUGACUCUGAAGAAAUGCUUCUCUAUGGUCUCCUGGCACAAGCACAGGCUGUUCAAGAAACAUCCGAAAUCAAUUCUUCUGAUCAAAUUAAGGAAGAAGAAGUUAGUUCGAAGCCCGAAGAAAAACCCAAGAAGGAGAAAGCUUAUAGAGGAGUAAGAAGGCGCCCGUGGGGCAAAUUCGCGGCAGAGAUAAGGGAUUCAACUAGGAAUGGUAUAAGAGUCUGGCUGGGCACAUUUGACAGUGCAGAAGCCGCAGCUUUAGCUUAUGAUCAAGCUGCUUUUUCGAUGCGAGGUCAAGCAGCAAUCCUUAAUUUUCCAGUUGAUAGAGUUCGCGAAUCACUCAUGGAGAUGAAGGCAACUAUGGAAGACGGAUGCUCCCCUGUCGUUGCAUUGAAGAGAAAACACUCCAUGAGGAGAAGAAAUGUGAUCAGAAAAAGUAAAGCAAGAGAAGUCAAGGUAGAAAAUUUAGUGGUGUUCGAGGACUUGGGGAAUGAUUACUUGGAAGAACUUUUGAGUACAAGUUAAAGGCUAGUCCAUGGAGAAUCAAAAGAUUCUGAGCUAGUUAUUCAUUUUAAUCUCCUUUCUGAUUCUUCUCUUCUUCGUUAGUUUAUUUGGUUGCAGAUGAUAUCCUGUGUGAUAUUUUUGUAAAAAUGUUUCUUUAAUUCUACUUGUGUUAGAUUGUUUUCCCAAGGCUAUUUUGUUCCUACUUUUGAAACUUUCAAGUAAAGGCGGCUACCAAUA